AUGGGUAGUGUGGCAGUUCUGAAUCCCCGAGGUUGUCUUCAGGAGUCUCUCUCUCCAACUCAAAUGAAGAAGCCACUAAACGCUUACCCUAACCGUGUUAACCGUACACAAUAUAAUCGCAGGAAAAGAAGCCCUACGCGGCCGAGCUCCUCCCCGGCUCCGAGCCGACCCGUUGCCCAGAAAGCGCCGUCCACCAACCUCAUCAUGGGCCAGGUCAAGAUCCUUAAACGUGGCGAAAAUUUGAGCCAAGCAGAUAAGGAGAUCCUUAAAGAGGUGGAUCUGGUGUCUACGGAGCGACUGGGUCCAGAUCCGGUCUCUAUUCCGAAUCGGAUCCGACUGACGACCGACUCCAACGUAGUCGCUGGGUUCUAUGCCGGGGCGUCGGUGUUUGCGGAAUCUCCGCCACCUAGUUCGCUACCUUUACCGGCUUUCUUCUUGAAGAAGUGUGUACCCGUAAAGAACGAAGAUGUCGCUAGCGACUUGCGUAGGAUUCUACGGCUCGAUUAG